AUGGCUGGGGAAGAGUUGCCACUGGUGGCCGAAGCGGAGGGUGGCGUGGAGGAGUCACCGACGGAGGCCACUGAAUCCGAAGCAUCUUCAAACGACACCUCAACGAUCACCCGCACGUCGGAGUAUGCAAAGGGAUCUUCAAAGUUGAAGGGCGCGCUGUUGAAUGCCCUGCUGGUCAUAUUUGUCGUGGGUGCUCUCAUUGCGCAUGUCCAGCUGGGAAGGAGCGAGCUCCCACAGCCCUCAAAGCCUGGUGAAUUAACGCCACCAAGUCAUGAUGUUUCUAAGCCCGAAGAACCAAAGCCCGGGCAAGAGGCACCUGCGGAGGGAUCUUCUUUGCCUGAGCUUCCUGCUGACGAAGAGGAAGAUUUUUCGGAGUCAGAGGAGGAAUUGGAAGAGGUCAGUGAUGAUGAUGAUGUGCCUGCCUCUCCAGAAGUACAGGGCUCAAAGGAUCCCCGUCAUACGGCUGAAGUUGCUGCUUUAGAAGACAACCAACCAGGGAAGCAGGAGGUACGCUUGCCAGAAAGCGGUCCUCAAGCCGAACCUGCGGACGCCAGCGGGGAGGCAGAACCUUCAUGGGGUGUAAGCCCUUCUCCAGUACAGGAAGCACAAGGGCAGGUGGAGGUAGUCCAUACGGCUGAGACGGGCGCGCAAGAAGAAUCUGACAGUGAGGAGGGAUAUGAGGACGUUCCUCCAGCGGAUUCAGGAGGUUUUCCUGUGCUGGAAGGUACGCUGCCACAGCAGCAGGCUCCCGUGGCACCGGUAGCCCAAGAUGAAUCCGAGGAGGAGCCAAAAGACGACAUGGCCCAGCAAGAAGCAGGGCAAUUGGGUGGUGCUGCAGAGCAGUCGGACGCUGUUCCAACGCUCCUCUCGUGCCUCGCGGAGCCAAUGUUCGAGAAACCUUUUUCACUGAGCGCGGAUGACUUGGCACCUUAUGUUGGGAUCCUCCGAGGUCCUCCUGAGGAUCUAGUCACUGUCCAAGGCUUUUAUGUUCCCAGGAGAAUGCUUGUUGACUUCUUAACUGGGGAGUGGCUUGAUGUGACGAUGCUGCAAAUAUACACAAAUAUGGUCACUGUACGUGGCAGUCUUAUUGCAGAGCCUGUCGAGCCUGGAAACCAGCAUCAGCCUAGACUUUGUAUUCAACAACCUGCUGUCGCCUUGCUUAAUCCAUCGGAAAUCUCCAUUGCUUGGCAGUUGUUUGCGACGGACAAUCGGGUGCAAGAAGUGAACCCAGAAAGCGUCAAACGAGCUCUAGUGGCUGACAGGGUGGUUUUUGCCAUGUCAGCGCCUUUGCGGGAAUUGGAUGGCUCAACGGGCAAGAGCCACACUGGGCAUUUUAUCGUUGGUGUCAUCGAUCGAAAGGAACAUCGCGUAUCUGUUGUAGAUAGCCUUCCUCGCCAGCCAUCUUUCUACGAACCGAUCUUAGAGUUCAUGAAGGAAAUUGCGCGUCAGCUACACGAUCCAGAUGAUGGGCCUCCCCCUCCGUACGAAGCCUCUCCCCAUGUGCCGGAGCCAGGAUUUCCAAUGCAAGUUGAAGCCUUAAAGGGGGCAAACAUUCCUUUAUCAGUAGGCUGA